AUGUCCCAAGGCCAUACGAAUCCUGUAGGAACAAGCACGCAAUCAGCCACCGAUAAUGCUGUACCAAAGUCAAAAUGCCUUAGGAUAUCUGGUAUUCCAGAUGACUGGAGUGUAGAUACUCUCCGUCAGCGCUUGGAGACACUUGACCCCCACCUCUGCGACAAUGAGUUCAAAAUCUCGCUUUAUCCAGCUUGUCAUGGAUCGGGUCAAGUUGGCAUGUUGAAUUUAUCCCA